UUUCCUUUCCGGAUACGUUUUUAUCGUGCACCGCAUUUUGAAGUGUUCCUGACUCGUAUAUUCGUGAUAUUCGCGAAUUCGCGAACCGAUAAACAGUGUGCCGUUCGAGGAAGUUGUUUUGUGUGAAGGCUCCGUGCGUUUCAAGACCGUUUGACAGUGAUCGUGUGCAAAUUCACCAAUUACAUCGACUCCUGUGGAUUUCGUUCGAAGAGUUAGUUUCUAUCAAUUUUUCGAUCAAAACACCUUGAAUUAUUCCUUUAGUUCGAUACCCCACGUGCUUCGUUAUCGUCCUGGUUCUCUGCGAGUCUUAGCGUAUUAUUAGAACGCGGUGUGUAACAAUGCAGCAACCAUUGUUGACUACAUGAAGAUUUCCAUCUACACACGCAUGGCUCCGCGUUUCUGCGAAUUCGAUUGAUAGUGCGCUUAGGCGCGUUUGAGAGGAACACGAGAUUACUUGACGUCAGCAUACCGCGAUGUAAACGUGUGUCGGUGCGUCCGUCAACGGGUCACUUAUCACCGGGCAUCCACACUCUGCGCACCCUUUUCCAUGAAGCUACCAGCCUUUUUCGCGUGAUAGAAUUAUUUUUAGUACGAAGCGUUAAUCUGGUAGUUAGCGACAAGGUAGAUAAAACCGGUUGCGUAAACUUUGGGAAACAUAAAUGGGGUUCUAUCAGUGGAGGCAGCGGGGGACCUCCCUCGCUGAGGAGUGUAGAAACUCCAACCCCCAUGACAACUCCUCCAACAUCGUACUUUAGUCCUGACUGUCCCUUGUCCAACUCAAUCGUACGAAGGGGUCAAACUACCCAAAGAUCUAAAUCGCGGGUGGAUGCAAUGUUGGAGCGUGCUCUGAUACAGCCACAACAGUGUUCCGUGGAUCCACUUUAUAACGCCCAAAAUUGGGGAAUUCCUAUUUGGGCUGUUGAUAAACUUCAGGCUUGGCUCGAUAAAAUUUAUGCAUCUGUUAAAAACACAGAUCAUUUAAAACAGUCAAAGCAUUCGAGUCAACAAAGUUCAACUAAAGAUUUAAAGGUCAAACAUUUCAAAGGACCUUAUUUAAAAUUUGAGGCCUUUCAGAGGACCACUAGACCUGUUUUCAUCGAACUGCCUGUGUGGCCAAAGUUAAACUUUUCUGGGGAUCCAGGUUCCUGUCCUUUCAAUACGAAAAGACGAGAAAAACUGGAAAAAUUACAAGCAGAAGUAAAAGAAAACAGAGAAGCUAUUCAGCCUAUCAAACAAGAGGAGGAUAGAGAAAUGACUCGGCGACCACGCACAACUACCACUCGUGCUCGCAGAACUGAACAGUUAACUUCUGGUUAUUGUGAAAUUUGUCGUAUCAGUUACCGAGAUCUGACCAAACAUGUACAAAGCGAACAACAUCUUAGUUUCGUGCGAAACAACGACAAUUUUUUGUCUUUGGAUUCUCUGAUCAAUGCAGGAGCGAAUGUGGAGGCAUUUCUUAAAUUAAAUAGAACAAAAGAUAUAGAAAAAGACUGUAAUUUGUUUUCCAAUGAGGAUCGUAAUCUUCAUGACAUAGUACUGCCAGAAGGAAAGGUGAAAAGAAACUCAAAAAGUUUAGGGGAUUUUCAAGUCAAUGAUGUAAAAAUGGUGCAGUGUAAUGGAGCACGUAGGAAUCUCAAUUUAAAAUUAAGUUCACCCCAUAAUUUACGUACUCGUGCGAAACACGAAAGCGGGCACUUAUUAAGGUCGAAAGGUAGCCCAUGGCACGAGGUCGAGAAAACAGAAAAGUUUUACGAUAAAUUUGAGGGUUUUACCAUAAAAAAACGGGCGAAAGGAACGAUUUGGAUCGAAGAAGACGACACGGUAGACGACUUGAUUCAAGAACAAGAAUUAACGGAACCUAAGCAGACCGAGUACAAGAUCAAAUCAUUUUCGACGGAAUUGGGUGGAAAGCGCGACGAUGAGAAGGAGUGCGGUGUAGUGUGUAAUAAACGUGAUGAUUCUGGUAAUCAGGAUGUACAGAGGACGAUAACUUGUAAUAAUGUUCAGAACGAUGUUGUGAAUGCGGAAUAUGUUAAGCAGGAUCUCGAUCCUGUAAAACAUAGGAAUCACGAUCAAAUAAACGGUAGUGUAAAAAGUAGUUAUAACGAAAAUGCUCUAAUUACAAAUAACGACGGUUGCAACGAUUCCUGUAGAGCGUCUAGAAGCGAAACUCUUAAAGAAGCGAACUACAAAUUACAGUUAGGUAACGUCGCGUCAAGUACAAAAAAGAUUUUCGACGAAUGCGACGGUAUUAAUGCAGGUGGUGUCGUCUGUAACGGUCAUGCCGUAAAGGACGAACCAAAGGUUAACAAAACAUCGAACGAUGCGGACAAGUAUGAAGUUAAAGUAAUUAAACCCAAGUGUUUCAAGUCGAGCAGAAGGGGUGGUAGAAGUUUUAGAGGACGACAUAGACUAUCCGUCGAGGAACGUUUGAUCGAAGACAAUCGUGCGUAUUACAGAGUGGAAGUGUUAGGAAGUAAGUUACGGUCAAGUGUAAUAUCAAACAGUAACGCGCAUUGUACAGUGCAGAGGGACGCGAGCGAUGAAGAGAAGAAGGAAGUGCCAUCGAGUGAGAAACCGGUAGUUGUACGAUUUAAACGCGUAAGAAAGUCCGAGCUGUCGUUAUUAAGCGACGAAGCGGAAUCGUUCAUGUUCGGCGAGCUUAAGCGGGACGAUUCGAGCGAAACGAGCGACGAUGAACAAAGUAGCGUAUUACCAAGAGAGACUGAGAGCGAAUACAACGACGCUACUAGCUCCGUCUGUCCCAGUUCCUCCGUAACCUUUACUUCGCCUAUAAAAACAGAGACUAUCGAAGAGGAUUCUCAGGAUUCUUUAAAUUUGGGUAGAGCUAGGAAAAGAAGGCGGACGCAAGCCGAGGCUCUCAUCAAAGAUAACGUUGAUUACUACAAGUUCGAAACUCCCGGUAGUAGAUUAAGGUAUCAGGCACCUUUGACUGGCAUUAAGGAACCGUUGGCGAUCGAGGAAACUGCAAAGGUAGAAGAGAUUACAGAAACAGUAGCGAUCGACGUGGAGAAAGUUUAUCCGUCCAAACCCUCGCCGGAGGUUGAAAAAAUGCAAUUCUCUUUCGAAACCGUACCGAAGUCCGAGCCGUGGUAUCAGACGUACCAGCGACAAGACGAAGGUGCUGAAUUUUGGCAUUAUUUCAGCGAAGAGGACUCGCAGAAACCGUUUCUUCUACCGUACGAGAUUGAUAAUUUUUACGAGGUUUUAUCGAAGGGUCAAAAUAGGACUGAGAACAGGAGGAGAGGUCGCGGGCGAAGCGCAGGCUGUAUCGGGCGAUCGCCAAGGAAAAGUCCUCGAUGUCAUGCAUCCACGCUGGCGAUUAUGUCGACGAUAAUUAGGAAAAGGGAACAACAGCAGCAAUCGUCGAACUUGUACACGAUAGAGGAAUGUCACUCUGGCAGAUCGCAGACGACCACGCCGAGGCCGGAUCCGCGGCCGAAACUUGAACCUAGGUCGGAUGUGGACGAGGAAUUGAAGGAAAUGGUAAAGACGAUCGACGAGAUGCUCAACGCGAACGACACUUUGGAAUUGAACGACUCUUUCGAGCUGGACGCCACGCAAACGGAAUUGAAUAUUUACGAGCCGAACGCCCCGAAAGGACCGCCGUCGAACUUGCUCGAAUUGUUAGAGAAUUGUCACGAAAUUAUAAACUGUUUAGAGAAUUCGUCGUGCGCCAGUUCGGAAUGCGGCGAAGGGAAUAAUAUCGAGUCUCCUUCGAAGCGUAGAAAAAAGAGGAAAAAUCGAACGGGAUGGCCCGGAAUUAAAAUGAAGAAAAAACUUCCGAGCAAACCUGCGAGUGAUGCGUACUGCGACAGAGAGAACUUAUCGGAGAAGGUCGUCGAACGGAGCGAAAAAAGUUCUAGCACGUUGGUCGCGAACACCACCGACAGGAUAUCGGGAGAUGGUAACGUCAGGAUAGCUGUAUCCGUUGGAAGUAUCGUGCAGGAUAGCGAGCAAUCGUUGGGUUUCGAUCAACAGAAAAACAAUGGAUGCUUGUACGAGAUGUACACCUCUAAUUCGAACGCGUGUCGGGGCGGAAACGAGGAGAAGGACGCGAGUAUAGAAGCUUUGGAUAAUUCCGUGCUGCACACGAACACGGAAACGUGUACGGUGACGCUCGCGUCCGAUAUAUGCAACGAGACUGAUAGAAAUUUUGUGUUGAGCGAGGGUUACGCGUUCAGGAAAGAGUUAUCGGAGAUCGAGGAGAUAUCGGAGAACGAUCCGGGCAACAACGAGAAUCACGAGAACGUAUUUCGGAAGGACGUUAAUUCUAUGACGGAACGACGCUUUAUCGCGAAAGCAGCAAUAAAAAAACGCCAACGCGACAAUCCGAGUUCCGAAACGUGCGAUUCGCGCGUCGAGCUCGAAAACCACGAGAUCCUGUGUAGAAAGGACAUCGCGUCCGGAAUAGUUUCCAGGAAACACCAUAACUCGAACGGGUUACCGAGAAAGCGUCAACAGAAAGUUCAUUCUGAGAAUCCUGACUCUGAAAUAGAACGUCGCGAUAGCGUGUACAAAAGGAGCAGUGUAACGUCGAAGAAACGUAUGUACUCGAAGAGGGGCGCGAGAAGGAACAAUAUAUCUUCGAAGACGGUGUUCGAGGAUGAAAACUGUAAAGAUGAUUCCUAUUUAAGUAUUACGUGUAAAAAGCAACAGAACCUAAAGGGUGUCAAGCAACCGGUUGACACCGUGACGUCGGAAGCGCAGGAUUCCGACGUCGAGUGCGCGUUAUCGGGACGCGUAAGUCCGACAAUCAUGGCGACAUCGGAGCUUGAACAGAGACGUUCGAGCAUCGAAUUUCAGCCAGUUGUUAGAAUGAUGAAGAUCGACGAACAAGUCGAUAUGGACCACAGUAUUCUUUCGGUAACGAUUGCUAGUAACAGACGGUUAAGAAGUUCCAGUUCCCCGAGAUCGAAUCCUCAGCCACCGAAAAAACGUUUAAAGACCAGUCGCGGUCAAUUCAGAAGGUGGUUGAAAAGUAGCUGAAAUCCUCGAUAAGAUUCUGUUAUAGUUUAAAUUUUAAAAUCAAGAUACACGUGUUACAACGUGAAAUCUCGCUGUUGAAAUUUAAUCUAUAUUCCCGCCAAGUGUACAUUAUGUAUAAAAUAUUAUUUGUGUAUGUAGAAUAGUAUUUAACACUACUGGCACCAUCAAUAGGAUUUUAUUAAUAUUCUUGUUAGUGUCUUUUCCCGAUAAUAGUUCUGUUAAGAAUCCUUGUACAUUCUUCAGAUGCAGCCUUUGCGUUUUGUAAACAAACAAAAAAUCGAUCAUUUCUAUGUAUUUGUAUUUACAGAGUAUGUACUUCGUUUCGUUUAACUUUGUUCGAUGUACAGUGCAAGAUAAUAAACAUACGAAAGAAAUUAUUUUCGUUCACAGAAACACUUCUUAGAGCGCGCAAGGCUGCAUACAAGCUUUAUUGUAGCAUAAUGAUCAUGUUCUGUUACAAAAUGCAUCAUUGAAUGUAACAUUAUAUA